AUGUCGAAGUACGUGAAUUUAGACUCUCUGAUGGGAAAAACGACGAGCGUACCUAUGACAAACUUUGAGAUUAGUGGAAUGGUCCAAAUGGAACAAGAGGGCGUGAUGGAAGACAACAGUUUGUUUCCCUCUUUGUCCUUCAAGGAACGAGUGUCCGGCUACAUCAUAGCGUUCAUAGUUAGUUUUCUUCUCUCUACCAUGUCUUGGAUUGCCCUCCCACACUCGCUGCGGAAAUAUGCUGCAUUGAACACUAUGGCGAAUAUUGUGUCCGUAGGUGGAACAAUGUUCCUCUGUGGCCCUUCUGCACAGCUCAAGCGUAUGUUUGAUGAAACUCGCAGGGGGGCCACCACCGUGUACCUCACGUCACUGCUAAUGACAUUAAUCUCCGCGCUGAUUCUGAAAUUUGUAUUGUUGACAGUGCUACUCAUGUUGGCGCAGUAUCUAGCUAUGAUAUGGUACACGCUCAGCUACGUACCAUUCGGUCGCUCUGCAGUCCUAAAGGUGCUUUCACGUUUUACGUGA